AUCCAUUUUUAGAGAUUCUCGUUUUCUUUCUUUCUCUGAUUCAUUCACCUUAGAAAAAUCUUGCUCAUGCAAGUUUAUCAGGAAAGUCAUUAAAACCUUUACCAAAACAAAAUCUAGUCUUUCACUUUGCGAUAUCUUCUGUCCAACUUUAUUCUCUGUCAAAAACCAGUCUCUUGAAUGACCGAGGGGAAACAGAGGAGAGUUCUGAAGCUCACUGCCACUGCAAAUUCUCUGAGAUCUCUUUAGAUACCAUUCAGAAUCUUGGAUAAGUUUUGGCCUUUGAGGGUUCUAAAUUCAGGGAAAGGAAUUCAGCCAUGGAUGGUGUACAUGGAUUCUCCAGGCAGGGCAGUGGAGUGUGGAGAUCUUUGAGGGAUGGAGACUUUGAAGAAGAAGAUGUUUGGGCAGUUCUCAAGGAGGGAAAAGAUUAUAGUACCAGGGUUGGUCAAUCAAUGAAUUCCACAGUUUCUGCUAAAAGACACCCCCCAAGUGUUGCAAGAAUGAUCCCAAAAGCUCCUUCUGCUAUUGCUGCUGCAAUUACUAGCAGUGAUAGUUCUAGUUCCUCCCAUGAGGCAAAUGGAAUUAGACAGCAAUCAGCUCCUCUGAACAUUCCUGACUGGUCAAAGGUUUCCAGGAAGAAAUCAAAGAAGGCUGCUUCAUGGUGUGAUUAUGAUGACAAUGAUUUUGGAGAUGGUGAUGGUGAAGAUAAUGAUGAAGACGAUGAUGAAUAUAACUCCAAGAUUCCACCACAUGAAUAUCUGGCUAGAAGGCUUGCAAGGAGUCAGAUUUCUUCUUUCUCAGUUCUUGAAGGAGUCGGCAGGAAACUUAAAGGGAGGGACCUCAGCAAAGUGAGGAAUGCUGUCUUGACAAAAACAGGUUUCCUUGAAUGAUGCCAUGCUCAAUUGCCCAUCAACAUGAUCUUCAAAGUUAUAAUGUCAAUCCUAAAGGGUUCCUAUGUUGCUAUUCAGUUCCUAUGACAGUGUUUACCAGUCCAAUGCUUGUGUAUAAGGUUUUGUGAUGGAUAUGUCUAGUCUUGGAAUAGUUUACUGCUUUGUUUAGGGUGGAAAGAGACUCAUUCUUGUGUAAAAUGAAAAUCUUAAUGAAUUAAAUGAUCAAUUCUAAAUGGGUAUUGGUUGCAUUUGAAUUCUUUGUUUGGGUUCUUGCAAUUUCCGUCUCUUUUUAUGAA